AUGGAAGAAUAUUUUUCUGCCGUCCACAAAAUGGAACAAACAGUCCUGUUUCCUAGCCUUCUGCAAGAGGUCUCUUUGGAAUCGCAGGACGAUGUGUUUGAUUCUGGCUCUGGUGGAAAAGACCUAUAUGAAUAUUAUAUGUUAUUGAAAUCCAUCAAACUGGUUGUUGAAGGUGGCCUAGUGCCUCUUGACCACCAGAAGCCUCCCAUUGUCGCCCGAGGGAAAGAACAGGAGAUCAAGGAAGAAGAUUUGGAAGGUUUCUUUUAUUACCAUGUGUCCAGUUUGUACCGUAUCCUCACCCAGCUAACCAGGAGAGCCAAUGCUGUGACUUCCAAAUACAAUGAAAUUAUGGGUCAGAUUAACGGGAACGAAAAGAGGCUCAGCUUCUGA